UGUGGCUAAUUCCUGCAUCACAGUCCUGAUGGUAAUUUCAUUUUUCAAGCCUGAUACUUCGCCUUCUGCACGCAGAAGGAAAAAGCAAAUUACAGGUUGGAAACCAGAAUAUUUCAAAGGGGAGGUGAAAAGGUUGGAGCAGAGUGACUGCUACAUAAUGAAGUGUCCAGUGAUCGCGUCCAGGCUGGGCCAAGAGAGUGUCCACUGCCGGCCCACAUUCAUUCAGGUCUCCCUGCCCCUACCCCUGGGAAGCACCAGUGGUCAGACCCCGUGGCUGCUGUCCAUCGGAGAGGAGCCGGUGGCUUCUCUGGGGGACGCCAGCCUGAUGGGAUUAAACAGCACAAUGAUCAGCGUGGACAUCACCGCCACCACCCUCACCAUCCAGAGCCCAAGGCAAGACCCUGUCCAGAGGCAGGAGGUCAGUGUGUCAUCCCAGCCAGAGAUGGAGGUUGUUCACAUCCCAAAGCAGAGACUGGAUCUGGUCAAAAGAGGUUCCUACUUGAGCCUGAGCCUAAAAUUCCGAGUACCCCAGUUCCUUACCUUCACAGUGACCGAAAACAGGGACUUUGCGGUGGUCGGUGUCCUGGCGGCUGGGGUGCUCCAGGUCCAGCAAUGCCAGGAGGCCCAAGGAGCUCUGGGGACGCAGGCUUUCUAUAGGGUGGUCCUGAGCCUGGGAUUUGCCGAGGUGGCCGCCCCCAUCCUCUGGACGGUGGAGAGCUCCUUCCAGGGUGUGGGUGAGAGUCACGGAGCCCCUCCAGGAGGAAUACCAUCUGCUGCCUUUUCCCAGUUCCAAACUGCAGGACCAGCUGCCUUUGGAGGCCUCCGGGAAGGGUUGUCACAGGGGGACGUGGCUGCCUACUAGCCCAUGCAGGGGCCCUGGCAGGCCAGCCAGGAGGUCCAGCCAUUGACAAAGCCCUUGGUGACCAGCCUGGCUGAAGAGGUGCUGUGUUCCCGCGGCUCCCCUGGAGAGCCCCAGGAAACAUCCUCCAGAGCGGAAGCUGGGGGGCCACCCAGGGAGGCCAGAGGGCACCUGGACCUCUCAUUCCCAGAACCAAUUCAGGACCUGGAGGGGACUCACCCUCCUUCUGGGGAUGGAUGCCACAGCACUGCCCCAGUGGUGAACACUUCCAAGGUGUGGUGGCAGCAGCCAGGCCCCAGUGCCCGUCUGAGGGCCUCAGGACCGGAGCGCAAGGAGAGCCUGGCCGAGCCUAGAGACCCUUUCACUGCUGGCCAGGGUACCCCCCGGCAGGAGCCAGCAGAGCCCACAUUGGCAACCAGCCCUGAAAGGCACAGGCCUUCUGAGCUUCAGAACAUCAUAGAGGGGCUUCUGAGAGACCCCCUUGCUGGGGUGAGUCCUGGGAGCACCCCAGGGGAUGCCAAGUGUGAAACAGCAUGCUCAGCCCACCUCCUGCCACUCCUGCUGUUCGCAGGUCUGGCCUCUGGGGGUGGGGCUGCCGGAGACAUCAGGCCAAGCCAGUGGGGGGGACAAGAUGGGGUGACGUGGACUGAUGCUCAUUCCCAUGGAGCUGGCUACAGCCCAGCCCCACCUGGCACCACAGCUGAAGACGGGCUGACCCUGGACCAGGCCAGCUCCUUUGCUCAGCCGCCGGGUCCUGAGCGGGGCUGCAGUGUGGAGAGCAGGCAGCAGGGGGCAGCAUAA